AUGGCACGUCGAGCCCUGAAACCGGUCGAGCGCCUGCAGGAGGCCUUCGACGAGGUCUUCCUUCGGCCUUGGCGCUUCCCGGUGCACGUGCAGCGCCUGCACGGUCUCGCCGAGGAGGAGCGGCGGCGGCGGGCCAGUGUGGUGGACCAAAGCGCCAUCGCGCAUGGCCAGCGCUCUCUGCUGGAAGCCCGGAAGGUGGUCUAUGCCAUCGUGAGCCGGGACAGCCCGCAUCUGCAGGUCUGCGUCACCAAGGUCUCCUGUGCUCAG